GUCAUAAAUGUUGAAAGGAGUUGCGGCUGAGACGGUGGUCAUGGAGUAAAUUAAGGCUUUAAUGUGUUUCUUUUUAUGUUAUUUGUUUUCUUCUUGUGUUAUCCCAUAAAAUUUUGAUGAAUUUCUUAGUAUAGCAAAUCAUAUAAUAAUGCUGAAAACUCCCAAAGCUACAAAUCGCGCUGUGUCAAAUUAUGUAUCUGUUAAAAGCAAGCUUGAUGCAGAGUUUCGCCGAUUUUCAUUGGACAGAAGUGAAUUAACAACAUUUGAAGAGUUUUAUAAUUUAAUUGAAAAAUUUCAUAAGCUGCAUGAAAUUCCUUUCACGAUUUGUUACACAGAUCCUAUACAUGGUGAUUUACUGCCUAUCAACAAUGAUGACAAUUUAGCAAGAGCAAUUAAUUCUGCAUGGCCACUUCUUAGGCUAAUAAUACAGAAAAAAGGAGAAAGUUGUGAAGAGCUCAAUGGUUAUGGAAGUUCUGGGAAACGGAAAAAGUUUCUUGGCCAGUACUUAUUACCUUCUGUAGUACCUAAAAACCGUCCACAUAUAUCCAUUAGCCUGCCAGAGGAUUUUCGUCAGGUGUCAUCCAUAAUUGAUGUGGAUGUUGUUCCAGAAACCUGCCGUAGGGUGAGACUCGUAAAGCAUGGGUCUGAUAAACCUCUGGGAUUUUAUAUUCGUGAUGGUACAAGUGUACGUGUCACACCUCAACUUGGUCUUGAGAAGGUACCUGGAAUUUUCAUAUCACGAUUAGUUCCAGGUGGUCUUGCUGAGAGCACUGGAUUGUUAGCUGUGAAUGAUGAAGUUCUGGAAGUAAAUGGCAUAGAAGUUGCAGGAAAGACUCUCGAUCAGGUUACUGAUAUGAUGGUAGCUAAUUCUUCAAACUUAAUAAUUACUAUCCGUCCUGCCAACCAGUCAAGCGUAGGUUUUCCACGGCGAGGCUCGGUUGGUCAUUCAUCACAAAUGUCUCAUGGGUCUCAACAUUCCAAUCAGUCACUGCCUAGUGAUGAUGAUCAUUACGAGGAAGAUGAAAUUAGAGACCACACAGCCUCUAUGUGUCAAGACACACCUGAGAGACCGUCCAUUUCUGAAGAUGAUGGGGUUGUUACUCUUUGAUGCUUUUUGUGCAUCCUUCUCUGUAAAGAACUUAACAUUAUUUUCAUAAUGUUGGGUAAUCUUGUUUUGAAGAACAGUGGAAUAUGUUUUAUAAUAUUUUUAUCUGUGGUAUGUGAAAUGAAUGAUAAGUGUUCUCCUUUAUGGGAAUAAUGUAUAUUUUCCAUAUAACUGUGCUAGUACAAAAUGAGAUUUGAUUAAAAGUACAUAAUUUCUGGCAAAAAGUCAGGAAAAUACUGAAAAAUGAAUUCCUUGUUCUCAAAAUAGUAUUGCCCAUUUGUUGUUUUCCAUACCUUUAGUGCCUUUUUGACUGAAGUCUCUUGGAUUUUCAAUCAUUGCAUAUAUCAGUGUUCAUAACUCCAAACUUUAAAUUCUAGAUCUAUUUUUAUUUUUGAUUUGUGCAGCCUAUAAUUCUAUUUUUGUAUAAUAUUCACAUAUGAAAUUAAAAGUAUCUCCUGUUUCAUUGUUAAAAGAACAAAUAUGCAUCCUUUUUAUAUUUAGGAAGGCUCUUAUGAUUUCCCUGGAGUCCACCAUCUUUAUAACAGAACUUCAAUGCUACUAAACCUUCCUGCCUGCCUUCAUUUGCAUGUUAACUUUCAUUAACUAUAUACCAAAAACAAUCAUUUUAUCUGUUGCUCUCAACUGUUCUGCAUCCUCAAAUUAACAAAGAAAGCCCAAUCUCUUACCUGGUAUUUGUAACUAACUUUUUUGUAUCUUGAGUAGUGAGAACUUCUUUGCUAACAUCAUAUGCUGUUUGUUAUGGGGUUAUUAUUUGCAGCAAUUUUUAUCUAUGUUUGUCUCAUUACGUAUGAUUGUAUUUUGAAAAUUACAUGAAUGACUGUAUGGAUGUGAUUUAGCAGUUUGUGAACAGAAACUGAUAAAAAAUUGUAUUUUAAAACAGUGUGAGUUAUCCUGUAACAAAUGAGUAUUUUAAGUUUUAAAAUAUUGUAUUGAUAGAAAAAAAAAAAGAAAAGUAAUGAAUUAUUAUAUAUUUGAAUAAUGUAAAACACUAUUAUGUAAAAUUUGUAAAAAAAAAAAUAUUUAACUCCUAAAAUAUAACUUCAUGUAAAAACCAGCAAUUCUGAUCCUUUCUGUAUUUAAUAAAAAUAUGUUUAUAAAUGCAAUAGUUUGAAAGUUUGAUCCCCUUCAGUUUUGAUGUAUUAAGAUAUAAGUUAUGCAUUUUUAUCUAGUUAAAUUCUAACCUUUUUUAAUGACAAAAUAUUAUUGCAUCUGUUAUUUGAAGCCAGAUAAUUUUGUUAAUGAAGAAGACAGCUAACUUAUAGAAUCUCUAGUCCAUAUAAUUAUUUUCAAUGUAGCACUAUCACAGUUUUGUAUAUAACACGAAAUAAGCUAGAAUUUCUUACUCAUAGAAAUGAAAAAAACAAAAAAUUUGUUUUUUAAUUUUAAAUCAAGAUCUGAUCAUUUAAACUUUAAUAUUGAAUCUAAGUGAAUAAUUUAUUGUUAUAAAAACAAAAAAUGUAAUAAAGCUGUUGAAACUAUGCUAAAGGAUUUUGCUCACAUAACUUAUUUAUCAUGUUAGAAUUUAUGAAUUUUUAAGGUUAUGUAUAUAUAUACCUUGCAUUUUUUAUGAAUAUGGAUUGUGCAUGAUAACGUAUGGUUGAUAUUUUAGAGUUUUCUAGAUUUUGUGUGAAAGAUGUGAGAAGAUUUAUUAUAUAGACGUUAUUUUACUACAUCAUGUUCUUUAUAUCCUAUACUUAAAAAAUAUUUCUGAAAAAUUAACUGCGUCUUGAAUAUUUGUAAUGAUGCAUUUGGUAACAAGCAUUUCAUCAAUUUUGUAAACAAAAUAAAAAUACUUUUUUUUUUAUUUUUAAAUAAAAUUUCAUUAUUAACCUGUUAA